GUCACUGUGGCUUUGAUGGAGAACAGAAUGUAUCACUAUAUAUUGGUAGAAGCGUAGGUAAGAUUCCAAACAGAUAAAUUACGUCCGAGAUUUCGCUUACACUGGGAUGGAUAUCGGGUAAACUUAAACCCCUAUGUUCAGUAUAGACGCUUAAAAAACUGUUUCACAACUGGGCGUUCUUAGCGCAGAACAUCACGGAGUCAGUUGAGACCCUCGAGUACUAAAUCCUGCUUAUGCAGUGUGACGUACAUCGGAAGAUUUCUGUUAAUUGGUUGUUUGGGGAGUGCAAAGGUCAAUUAUUCCAAUACAACGCGACGAGAUAUAAGAUAAAUGCAAUAUUUGGGAGUUCAGACUAACAACCUCGUUUGAAUUGCCAAUGGUAGAAAACCAUCCUGUGUUAAGGUGUUGGAUAAAUCGUAAAAUGAAAAUAUACCCUCCACUACCUCGGCUUUAUAUAAACUUUAUUGUAACUCUCAAACAUGACUAAAAUUUUCCUUCACCACAAUUAAGGGACAAAUGCAUGCCUUGGCUAUCGUACCAAAAUUAGCGGCUUCCUUUGUAAAACAAAGAAACUACACUUCGCAGAGUAGUAAUCACCUCAAGCUAUUACCCCCACUGGUGUUUUUCCGAUAGGAUUGUUUUAGAUCUGAGGUGACACAGUCAUGCAUCGUCGCACAGACGCUGUCAAAGAACAGGUGACUUCAGGGUGUGAACGGUCUUCCGACGAAGUAUAAAAGGGAGCACAUGGCUCUUCCUUUUCUUCAUCAAUCAACAAGUCUUCCUCAUAAAAAAAGUGAAUAGCUUCUUCCAAAUCUUAGCUUAUCCAUUUCUAACCUAAUCACAAUAGAUGCAAUUCAAGUUCACUGCCGCUUUAUUGACUGUCGUCGCUAUUAUCGCACCAGCUAUGGCUGACUCUUGCCAAGUUGGAGGUGUCGAGGCUUGUUUGGCCAGCUGCAAGGUACGUCCAGCAAUUGUGAGAACCUCAAACCAUCUAACCAUGAUUGUAGCUCCAAAAUGGCAUUACUAGCGGUGCAUACUGUAACGCACAACAAAUCUGUGUCUGUACUGAAUAAGGAAUCCCCCAGGUCUAUGGCUGCUUAAGAUGAGUUGCCUUUUUCAUGAAUUUCCAUUUAUUUCGGUCUCGUUUGCUAUGAUUGUGAAUGUAAUAGAAAGACCUCCAUCCUAUAUAGUCAUUCUGAGCUCGCAAUUAGGUACCAAAAUAUGCAUAGACUAUAUUAUGCAACACAUUAAGUCAAUGGUGUGACCGGAAACAUUGUGGUAUUGAUUACAGCAAUUACAAACUAUGGCAUUCUCUGAGCCUAUCGACGAGUAUCCAUACAUUUAGAAUUGGUUGUUCCAAGAACUGAAUGGCGAGAUCAGGCGUCCCAUAGAUGGAAGAACUUCAACAGUAAACGGCGAAGGCGGCAGUUGUUCCCCAUCUACUGCUAGGUAUUGGUUCUUAUUGAUAGGGUUAACAUGAUAUGCUUUUGCUUUAUAAUAUUUGAGCGAGUCAUCAAAAAACAUUGCACCGUUUUCAGCUCCUUCCAUAGCCAGCAAUUUGUGCCUACGUGAGACAUUGAGCUGUACAGCUACGUCUAUAUAACCGUCAUCCGGUAAAGCGACAGGGAAUUGUUUGAAAGUUCUGCUCACCCACGGCACCUGUCCAGCAUAUAUAUAACAUAUAUCAUCAGAAAUCUUGACCCAGUCAUCCUCAGGUCCAUUUUUGUAUUUUACUGGUGGAAAUGUAUCUGUCUCCGGAACGGAAAUAGGGUCAUCUAGUUUCCGUUCGCGCAAGCAUUUGAUCAUCUCGUGUUUAUUGUCCUCUUCAACAUUAACGUAUACUUCGCAAUUGCAUGGCGCGUUCUUGAUUAGCGACCGUAGGUAUCCUACUGUGAAACGCGUAUCUCCCAUCCAACGCAAGUUUUCUGUGCCAACAUCUAAACUUGCCAUCAAACCACCGGCUUGAGUAAGGUAGGAAAUGGUACGUUUUCGUUCUUGCCAGAUGGAGAAUAAAUCAAGCGGUAUAGUUUGGCCUUUGGCUGCAUUUAGCGCUGCCAUACUGAGAUCAAAACCAUCUUUUUCACCUAAAACGCAAACACUGAUACCGUUACCGGAUCCGGCUGGUAUGGGGCAUAAUGGCGUCUUCAAAGCGUCAGAUGGGGUUUCAUGAUACAUAAACCCAUUGAGUACUUCAUGCAUUAUCCCAUCGCCACUUACGCACACGACUGCGUCAUAAUUUAAUAAUAACUUCUUCGCUAUUUCAAAAGCAUGUCCCUUGUACUCUAGAACUAAACAGUUUGUUCACAAUCUGUCUUGGUGAAAGAUAAGACGAUAUACCCACUUUGCAUAUCAAUGUAGCACCCUGAAGACCGUAAUAUCGGUAAAACAGUUUCGUUCCAAUAAAUAACAGCUUUUCCAGUCCCACCUACAGGAUUCACCAGCGCCUUCAAUCGACGACAGGUACGUAACUUAGAUUUGAACCGAAUAUAUUGCACUACUUUAUCUACCUCUUCAGUAGAAAGCUCUAUUGGUAUACCACUAAAGUCGAGUAGAGAAUUGUGGCCUGGUGUUAGAACAGACAAACUGAUAAUACCUUGAUCUAAUGAACAAUUGACAACUCUCCAAUAAUUGAUAUAUGUCUCUUUUAUGCCGCCGUCUGAGUCCACCUGCUGGUAAUUUUUUUGCUUACUUAUGCAGCUAGUGCAGCUCCUUGAAUUCUUCUUCGGAUGCAUCUUCGGAUCUGAUGUGCGUAUUGUCAAGCCUUUCUCUUCAUCUGGUACUAUUACCGUGAUGUUAUUAUCAAUUUCAUUUUUUAGCUGGAAUAUCAUUUUAGUUUUCAUCGUCAUGCACUAUGUUGAUUUUAGGCCUUUCAUGCAAAUUCAAUUUUGAAAUCGCCGGUGACGUUUAUGUAAGGAGACCGACUGUAAGGGGUCGGACCACCAUGACAUCAGUAAUCUAUGAUGAGAUGACUCUUAUAGUAUUAUCUUAACCCAAUACGGUCAUCAGCAAAUACACAUCAUGCCAAACAUACUCGACAAGGAUGUAAGAGGUAUUGGUCAUGGACUAAUGGGAAUGACCUGGACUGAUACACCUACGCCAAUAGAUACUGCUUUAGAAGUAAUGAAAAAGAGUAUUGAGGUCGCAAAAGGCCACCCUGUUACUUGGAAUGGAGGAGAGUUUUACGGACCACCAGAACAUAACUCUUUACAUCUCUUGAAGGCUUAUUUCACCAGAUAUCCUGAAGAUGUUGAUAAAGUCAUUCUUUGUAUUAAGGGUGGUAUGAACUUGCAGACAUUCAAACCAGAUGGCUCGUAUGAAGGUCUUUCUGCAUCUGUCGACAAGUGCAAUGCUAUUCUCGAUGGCGUCAAGAAAAUCGACCAAUUUGAACAAGCAAGACGCGACCCUAAUGUUUCACCUACAGAAAUUAUCGAAAAUCUCGCCAGACUCGAGGAAGAAGGCAAAAUUGGUGCACUAAGCUUGUCAGAGGUUGGCGAAAAGACUAUUCGGGAGGCUGCAGAGGCAGCCAAGGAAUUAGGAACAAAGAUAUCAUCAGUAGAGGUCGAAUUUAGUAUGGCAUCGACUGAUAUACUUCAUAAUGGUGUAGCAAGAGCAUGUGCUGAUUACAAUAUCCCAAUAUAUGCCUACAGUCCGAUUGGCAGGGGUCUGCUUAGUGGCAAAAUAAGAAGUAAAGAAGAUGCAAGGGGAAUAGCAAAAGUUUCACCACGUCUUCAAGAUGAAAAUAUCGCAGAAAACUUGAAACUAGUAGCAGAAGUUGAGAAGCUGGCAACCAAAAAAGACUGUACACCAGCUCAGAUCGCAAUUGGUUGGGUGAAACACCAUUCAAACUGGAAUGGCUUACCUGCAAUUAUCCCGAUACCUGGCGCAAGUUCAGUAAAACGUGUAGAGGAGAACCUCAACGAUAGCAUAACACUAUCUGAUGAGGACAUGAACCAUUUGCAAGACGUCAUCAAUAAAAUAGAAAUUCAGGGUGGCAGGUAUCCUGAAUCACACUCGGCUUAUAAUUGGGGCUAAAGUGUAUCCUGUAUUUUGAAAUGAAUUACACUUGCCUUGUCUGCUUUCACUAUUGUCACUACAAACUUG